AUGGCGAAGGCGACGUCCGGCGCCGCGGGGCUGCGGCUGUUGCUGCUGCUGCCGCUGCUAGGCGAAGCUCCCCUGGGCCUCUACUUCUCUAGAGAUGCUUACUGGGAGAGGUUGUAUGUGGACCAGCCAGCUGGCACGCCCCUGCUCUAUGUCCAUGCCCUCCGAGAUGCCCCUGGAGAGGUGCCCAGCUUUCACCUGGGCCAGCACCUCUAUGGCUUCCAUCGCCCACGGCUGCAUGAGAAUAACUGGAUCCGUGUCCAGGAGGACACUGGCCUUCUCUACCUCAACCAGAGCCUGGAUCACACUUCCUGGGAGAAGCUCAGCAUUCGCAAUGGUGGCUUCCCCCUGCUCACCAUCUUCCUCCAGGUCUUCCUGUCAUCCACACCCCUGCGUGAAAGUGAGUGCCAGUGGCCGGGUUGUGCCCGCGUGUACUUCUCCUUCUACAACACCUCCUUCCCAGCUUGCAGCUCCCUCAAACCCAGAGAGCUGUGCUUCCCUGAGACGGGCCUCUCCUUCCGCAUCCGGGAAAAUAGGCCCCCUGGCACCUUCCAUCAGUUCCGCCUGCUGCCGGUGCAAUUCUUUUGCCCUAACAUCAGUGUGGCCUACAGGCUUCUGGAAGGUGAGAGUCUGCCCUUCCGCUGUGCUCCGGACAGCCUAGAGGUGAGCACGCGCUGGGCCCUGGAUCGUGAGCAGCAGGAGAAAUAUGAUCUGGUAGCCCAGUGCACCGUGCGCAUUGGAAAGCAUGAGGAGGAGGUGAUGGUGCCCUUCCCUGUGACCGUGUAUGAUGAGGACGACUCGGCCCCCACCUUCCCUGGAGGUGUGGACACCGCCAGUGCAGUGGUCAAAUUCAAGCGGAAGGAGGGCACCGUGGUAGCCACCCUCCGUGUCUUUGAUGCGGAUGUGGUGCCAGCAUCUGGGGAACUUGUAAGGCGGUACACAAACACGCUGCUCCCUGGAGACCCCUGGGCUCAGCAGAUCUUCCGCGUGGAGCAUUCGCCCAACGAGACCUUAGUCCAGGCCAACGGCAGCUUCGUGCGGGCAACUGUGCAUGACUAUAAGCUGGUUCUCAACCGGAGCAUCUCCAUCUCAGAGAACCGAUCCCUGCAGCUCACUGUGCUGGUCAAUGAUUCAGACUUCCAGGGUCCAGGGACAGGUGUUCUCCUCCUCCACUUCAAUGUGUCAGUGCUACCUGUCAUCCUACGCCUGCCCAGCACCUAUUCCUUCUCUGUAAACAAGGGGGCCCGCCAUUAUGCCCAGAUUGGGAAAGUCUGUGUGGAAAACUGCCAGGAAUUCAGCGGCAUCCAUGUCCAGUACAAGCUACAGCCAUCCAGCGCCAACUGUAGUAUCCUGGGGGUGGUCACCUCAGCUGAGGACACCUCGGGGACACUGUUCGUAAACGAUACGGAGACCCUGCAGCGGCCCGAGUGUGCCGAACUCCAGUACACCGUGGUGGCCAAUGACCGGCAGGCCCGCAAGCAGGCCCAGGCCCCGCUGCUCCUCACAGUGGAGGGGACAUAUGUGGCUGAGAAGGAAGGCUGCCCCCUAUCCUGUGCAGUCAACAAGAGGCGGUCUGAGUGUGAGGAGUGUGGUGGCCUGGGCUCUCCAACAGGCAGGUGUGAGUGGAGGCAAGGUGAUGGCAAAGGGAUCACCAGGAACUUCUCCACCUGUUCCCCCAACACCAAGACUUGCCCUGAUGGUCACUGUGAUGCCCUGGAGAAUCGGAAUAUCAACAUCUGCCCCCAAGACUGCCUCAGGGGCAGCAUUGUUGGGGGACAUGAGCCAGGGGAGCGCCGGGGUAUUAAAGCUGGCUAUGGCAUCUGCAACUGCUUCCCUGAGAAGAAGAAGUGCUUCUGUGAGCCAGAGGACAGCCUGGGCCCAUUGUGUGAUGAGUUGUGUCGCACAGUGAUCGCAGCAGCUGUCCUCUUCUCCUUCAUCGUCUCAGUCCUGCUCUCUACCUUCUGCAUCCACCGCUACCACAAGCAUGCCCACAAACCAUCCAUUGCCUCUGCUGAGAUGACCUUCUGUCGGCCUGCCCAGGCCUUCCCGGUCAGCUACUCCUCAUCUGGUGCCCGCCGGCCCUCACUGGACUCCGUGGAGAACCAGGUCUCUGUGGAUGCCUUCAAGAUCCCGGAGGAUCCAAAGUGGGAAUUCCCUCGGAAGAACUUGGUUCUUGGAAAAACCCUGGGAGAAGGCGAAUUUGGAAAAGUAGUCAAGGCAACGGCAUUCCGUCUGAAGGGCAGAGCAGGGUACACCACUGUGGCUGUGAAGAUGCUGAAAGAGAAUGCCUCCCCAAGUGAGCUGCGGGACCUGCUGUCUGAAUUCAACCUCCUGAAGCAGGUCAACCACCCACAUGUCAUCAAGCUCUAUGGGGCCUGCAGCCAGGAUGGGCCACUCCUUCUCAUUGUGGAAUAUGCCAAGUAUGGCUCCCUGCGGGGUUUCCUCCGAGACAGCCGCAAAGUGGGGCCCGGCUACAUGGGCAGUGGAGGCAGCCGCAAUUCCAGCUCUUUGGACCACCCGGAUGAGCGGGCACUGACCAUGGGUGACCUCAUCUCCUUCGCCUGGCAGAUCUCAAGGGGCAUGCAAUAUCUGGCUGAGAUGAAGCUUGUCCAUCGGGACUUGGCAGCCAGAAAUAUCCUGGUUGCUGAGGGCCGGAAGAUGAAGAUUUCAGAUUUUGGGCUGUCUCGAGAUGUUUAUGAAGAGGAUUCUUACGUGAAGAGAAGCAAGGGCCGGAUUCCUGUCAAAUGGAUGGCAAUUGAGUCCCUUUUUGAUCAUAUCUACACCACCCAAAGUGAUGUGUGGUCCUUCGGGGUCCUACUGUGGGAGAUCGUGACCCUGGGGGGAAACCCCUACCCUGGGAUUCCUCCUGAGCGGCUCUUCAACCUUCUGAAGACAGGCCACCGGAUGGAGAGGCCAGACAACUGCAGUGAAGAGAUGUACCGUCUGAUGCUGCAGUGCUGGAAGCAAGAACCGGACAAGAGGCCAGUGUUUGCUGACAUCAGCAAAGACUUGGAGAAGAUGAUGGUCAAGAGCAGAGACUACUUGGACCUUGCUGCAUCCACCCCAUCCGAUUCAUUGCUUUAUGAUGAUGGCCUCUCAGAAGAGGAGACACCCCUGGUGGACUGUAAUAAUGCUCCCCUCUCUCGCACCCUCCCUUCCACAUGGAUUGAAAACAAACUCUAUGGCAUGUCAGACCCGAACUGGCCUGGAGAGAGUCCUGUACCACUCACGAGAGCCGAUGGCACUAACACUGGGUUUCCAAGAUAUGCAAAUGAUAGUGUAUAUGCUAACUGGAUGGUUUCACCCUCAGCGGCAAAAUUAAUGGACACGUUUGAUAGUUAA